UUACGACUAUUCCAAAAUGAAGAAAAAAGAAUAACAGUUGCAGUGUCGUCAUCUUCUUUUUCUUUAAAAGAAAACAGAAUGAAAGAGAAGCUGGUGAAGCAAUCACACCAGGCGUAUAUUACUAGCAACCAUAGAUCACUCAUCCUCCUCCUUUCUAGAAUUGCAUCUACAGAUACAGUUAAGGCGGUUCCAGAAGUUUCGUCUGUUCCAGCAGAGUCGUGUGAGACGAGGACUCUUCUAGCCAGCGUUGCGGUUGCUUUUGCUUCUAUUGGAUUUCUUUUUUUCUCUCAAACCGUUUGAUGAUCGGAUCGUAAGAGAAAGAGCGCAGUUGUGGUAUGUGGGGACACUUGCGUGCUUCAUCCUCAAUGAAUAAGCGCGUGACAUCCAAGGAUUCCAUGAAUGCUGAUGUCGAAGCCAAUUCUGAUCUCCUUGAGAAUGGCGAGCAAGAGAUGACAAAUCCCUCUUGGAGGUAUUCGUGCCCGCAUGUACUUGUGGCAACAAUAGUUGCAUUUCUAUUUGGCUAUCAUCUUGGGGUAGUGAAUGAACCACUUGAAAGCAUUUCAAUUGAUCUUGGCUUCAGUGGGGAUACAUUGGCUGAAGGUUUGGUGGUGAGCACUUGUCUAGCUGGUGCCUUUGCUGGAUCCCUGAUUAGUGGUUGGAUUGCUGAUGGAGUUGGCCGUCGUCGAGCCUUUCAGUUGUGCUCAUUGCCUAUGAUUAUGGGUGCUUCUCUAUGUGCAACAGCGAAAACUCUGGCAGGCAUGCUUGCAGGAAGGUUUUUAGUGGGAUUAGGAUUGGGCGUGGGUCCUCCUGUUGCUUCUCUUUACGUAACAGAGGUUUCUCCUGCUCAUGUGAGGGGUACUUAUGGGAGUUCGAUCCAAAUAGCAACAUGUCUUGGGCUGAUGGCAGCUCUUGUCAUAGGGAUCCCUGUCAAGAACAUAGUGGGUUGGUGGCGUGUAUGCUUUUGGGUAUCUACUAUUCCAGCUGCAAUACUUGCACUUGCUAUGAUGUUCUGUGCUGAGUCCCCUCAUUGGCUAUAUAAGCAAGGAAGAUCUGCUGAGGCUGAAGUCGAGUUUCAGAGGCUUCUGGGAAGUGCACUUGUUAAGAGUGCAAUGCUGGAGCUUUCAAAGUCGGAUAGAGGGGAUGAGACUGAAAGUGUUAAGAUCUCUGAAUUGCUUUAUGGUCGGCAUUCUAGAGUUGUUUUUAUUGGGUCAACCCUAUUUGCUUUACAACAGCUAUCUGGAAUAAAUGCUGUGUUUUAUUUCUCUUCAACUGUAUUUAGACGUGCGGGAGUAUCCUCGAACCUGGCAAAUGUUUUUGUUGGGAUUGCAAACUUAACAGGGUCAAUUGUUGCGUUGGUUCUGAUGGACAACUUAGGAAGGAAAGUCCUCCUUCAUUGGAGCUUCUUUGGAAUGGCUUUAGCCAUGGCCGUUCAAGUGUUUGCAUCAAGUGGGGUUGCUUCAAAUUAUGGAGCUUUUUACUUCUCUGUUGGUGGCAUGCUGCUGUUUGUCUUGACAUUUGCUGUUGGAGCUGGUCCAGUUCCUGGUCUCCUCCUCCCAGAAAUAUUUCCCAGUCGGAUUAGGGCUAAAGCUAUGGCAUUUUGUAUGUCAGUUCACUGGGUGGUAAACUUUUUUGUUGGACUGAUGUUCUUGCGUUUACUCGAGCAACUUGGGCCGCACUUUUUGUACUCCAUAUUUGGCACCUUCUGCGUGAUGGCCGUGGUUUUUGUAAAGAGGAAUGUGAUGGAAACAAAGGGAAAGUCACUUCAAGAAAUUGAGAUAGCCCUUCUUCCGCAAGAAUAAAAUAUCGUGUUAAUCUAGAGAUCAAGCUCCUUUAAGAGGAAAAGAUAACGAGCACCAUCCGUUGUAAUUGAUUGACAGUCUUCAUUAACUGUUUUUGGCACUAGCAGCUUUUCCCCAGCAGCCAGGAUUUCUGCUACUAGAGUUAAAUAGGAUCUGAGUAGGGCUGUCAGCUAUUAGCAGCCUCCUAGUAUUGGGGGCAGAAAUGAGAUGGUGUUGCGACGCCUAUAAGAUUAACAAUAACGCUGUUAGGCCUGUUACAGUAUGGACUUGGUGUGAAUUUUCGGAAACCACUAUUUUUAGUGAUUAUUAGCUUGCUAUAUCUACCAUUUACUAAAUUACUUCCUAUAGCUAUGUUUUCAGUUGUUAUAGAUUGUAUUCGAUGUAUUUUUGCUACUGUA